UCCAUUUUAAAGGCCUCAUCAGCCUCUUUACUGUCAUUGUCCCCUCCAGCAUGGGUGCUGGGAGGGCCCCAUGGGUGGUGGCUCUUCUAGUGAACCUCAUGAGGCCAGAUUCCUUCAUGUCUGAAGGCAGAGGCCCCCCAGAGGAUUUUGUGAUCCAGGCAAAGGCGGACUGUUACUUCACCAACGGCACAGAAAAGGUGCGCUUUGUGGUCAGGUUCAUCUUCAACCUGGAGGAGUACUUACAUUUUGACAGUGACCUGGGGGUGUUUGUGGCGCUGACGGAGCUAGGGGAGCCUGAUGCUGAGCAGUGGAACAAACGCUGGGACCUCCUGGAGCAGAGCCGAGCCUCUGUGAACUUGGUCUGCAGGCAGAACUACAAGCUGGGGGCCCCUUUCACCGUGGAGAGAGAGGUGCCACCAGAGGUGACAGUGUUCCCAGAGAGGACCCCGUUGCUGCAGCAACACAACCUGCUGUUCUGCUCUGUGACAGGCUUCUACCCCGGGGACAUAAAAGUUAGGUGGUUUCGGAAUGGACAGGAGGAGAGGUCUGGGGUCAUGUCCACCGGCCUUGUCAGGAACGGAGACUGGACCUUCCAGAUGACAGUAAUGUUGGAAAUGACCCCAGAGCUUGGUGACACCUACAGCUGCCUCGUGGAGCACCCCAGCCUCGAGAGCCCUGUUUCUGUGGAGUGGAUGGCUCAGUCUGAAUAUUCGUGGAAAAAGAUUUUGAGUGGAGGUGUAGCAUUCCUGCUUGGACUAAUUGUCUUCCUGGUAGGCGUGGUUAUCCACCUCAAGGCUCGGAAAGCAUCUGUGGAGACCCAGUCAGUCCAUGAGGUCUCAAGAGCUUUUCCACAUCAUCCCCAGUAAGAUCCUAAUGGAAGCUUCUCCCCAGCCUGAAGGAGUGUUGAAAGCCUGGGGCCUUGGGUUGGGUAAAGAACACUGGUUCUAGAGUCAUGAGAUGUGGCCCUUCUGCCUCCUGUCUGUACUUCAGUAGUCUCCGUUUCCAGGACACUGUCUAGAAAUUCCCUUAGGACCUGUUCAUUCCAGUCCCAAGUUGUUUUGGUCUCUGUGAUCUGACCCUAACCCUGUAAGUGGGGAACCCCGAGUCUUUAUCUUUCAACCAUAGCUUACAGUUUUCCAGUCCCUUCAAAAUCCCUUGUGUUGUAAAGUAAAACAGGCACAGGUAAUUGUAGUGGAUACAUAAUUCAAUGACUUAUUUAAGGAAAACCCUUGUAACACCAGCUCAACAAGACACAGAUCUUGGCAGUCUCUGUGGAAGUUGCUUCAUGUGCCUUGGCCAAUAAAUACCGGCAGGCACACACUAUCCAUGUGGGUUUUUUUAAACAGCCUCUCAGCCAAGUGUACAUUUCUGAGUCCACACUCCAUUGUCUGUGUUGUCUCUUAGACUUGCAGGUGUUUUUCUUCACCCUUUCUUUCUGUUAAGAUUAAAUUUGUUGAGAAGUCUGAGCUGCCUGUGGUGAAGAGUUUCCCACACUUGGAUUUGGCUGCCUGCACACACAAGGCCCCAUCUAACACACUGGCUAGCCCUUUAUGUUUUCUGUAAGUUAGCACCUGAUGCAGAGGUGAGGGUCAGGCUGUUUUGAUUCUUUUGGUGUCUUCAGGAGGCCAUGUCUUUAUCCAUGGUCACAUUUUAUCUCCCCACUUAUCUUUUCAUGACGCUACAAUAACCAUUGAUGCUCAUUGCUCAGGUCUGGUAAUUUAUCAGGGAUUGAUACAUUGUGACAGUCCAAUCCUAGGAUUCUUUCUUCAUUUGUUUAUUGUGCAUUGUUUGCUCUAUUUACUGUUAUUUUGCUAGAAGCUCAAAGUCUAUGAUGGGAAAACUGGGCGUCUCGCAGUGAUCCCAGCCUGCACUGGAGUCGCUGUUGUGUUCACUGCUGUAUACUUCUAAAACAAAGAACUAGUUUCACUUAGUAGUGACCUAGUGGUGCAAUGGAAUUCACUGGCUUUCCUAAGUCUUGAUACUCGAGUAACAGUCUUUUUAAUAAUUUGACAAAAUUGGGAGUAUUUCUGUUGUAUGCAGAUGGGAAGGCAGCUGUAAAAAUUGCUUGAGUUGUGCGUGGAGCAGCACGCUCCCU